AUGGGAUUUUCGCCCGCGUCGCCAAACAUAGCCGAAAAAUCCGGUACGCUCCCGUUGAGCCGGUCGAUGACGCGGAUACGGGGCGAACGGCGACGAAUACGCGGGUUUUUGUAAAAGGCGGUGUAAAGUCGCCGGGUGACGGGACGGACGGUGGGCCGGUGACGCCGCUAAGGAAAACGCUCGUCCGUCUCGAACCCUCCGGAUGUUUUUGGCAGUCCGCCGCGUUUUCCAAUGAAAAUCUGAAGGACCGUCGGGUUUUUAGAAAUCAACGAGCCGAUACGCUUGCCCGCGCGCCACGCGAUUUCACGGGACCAAACGGUGGUGCGCCUGAUUGCGUCACGGCGUCAUUGUACAGCGACGCAUUACCGUUGUUUUAUGAACAGUUUAUUCGGCUGGCGAUCAAAACGUUAUCCGGUUCGAAUACAUACCGCAACCUGUACGCGGUCCUGUUGUAA